UGUGGUCGCAAAUUUGCGUCAGAAUGUAGAUAAUGCGAAAAAACUUUUAUCCGAGAUACUGCCUGAUUUGGAAAAAGCGUUGAAAGAAGGGAAAUUUGCAUAUCUUAAGGGUUCCAUGAAAAAUUCAUGUAUAACUGACAAAAGAGUAAUAACCGAAAAGGCUAUACGAAAGAUAAAUUACGUAUUGCCCGGAUAUUAUGAUUGA